AUGGGUGCUUCUGCUGUGGCUGCAGGGGCGGUUGCGAGGUGGCAGGGUAAGGAGAAGAGUGGGAAGUUGAGGGAUUAUUCGAAUCCGCAGAAGUUCGUCCAACCGAAGUAUGCGAGCAUCAGAGAUAUGGAAGCCGCCAUACAAGAAAUCCGUCAAGCAACUGGCGACGAAGAUACCAUCUCUACCGACUCUGAGGACCUGCACAGACAUGGUUACUCAGAAUGGUCAUCCACCAAUAUCGAUGGCCUACCUGUGGCAGUCGCUUACCCGAAGACCACUGCUGAGGUAUCCCAAAUCGCCAAGAUUUGUUACAAGUACCGCGUUCCUAUCAUUCCAUUCUCUGGAGGUUCAUCUUUAGAAGGGAACUUCUCGGCUCCAUUCGGAGGUGUCAGCGUCGACUUUGCGUUCAUGGAUCAGAUCCUGCAGCUGCAUCAAGAAGAUAUGGAUAUCGUGGUUCAGCCAAGUGUCAGCUGGAUGGAGCUGAAUGAUGAGCUGGCGAAAAGACAGACUGGAUUGUUCUUCCCUGUAGAUCCCGGACCAAGUGCGAAGAUUGGAGGAAUGGUCGGUACGAACUGUUCGGGCACGAAUGCAGUGCGAUAUGGAACUAUGAAGGAUUGGGUUAUCAAUCUGACAGUCGUACUCGCAGAUGGAACGGUCAUCAAGACGAAGCGGAGGCCCAGAAAAACGUCUGCGGGAUACAACCUCAACUCUCUGUUUGUUGGCUCAGAAGGAACGCUGGGGUUGGUGACGGAAAUCACUCUCAAGCUGGCUGUUGUUCCACAAGAGUUCUCUGUGGCUGUUGUCACGUUCCCUUCGAUUCGAGAUGCUGCUGCAGCUGCUGCAAGUGUCAUGAGGGCUGGAGUUCAAGUGGCCGCUAUGGAAAUCAUGGAUGAGGUGCAGAUGAAAGUUGUCAACUUAUCCGGAUCAACUGCGCCUCGGAAAUGGAAAGAGCUUCCAACACUAUUCUUCAAGUUCAGCGGGACUAAGGCCGGGGUCAAGGAGAAUAUUGCGAUGGUUUCAGCUAUUGCGAAAGCUCAUCGAGGAGGCGAGUUCGAGUUCGCUAAAGACGCAAAGGAGCAGAAGCUUCUUUGGUCUGCGAGAAAAGAAAGCUUGUGGUCUAUGCUCGCAAUGAGAAAAGAAGGCAGCGAGGUAUGGUCUACAGAUGUGGCAGUACCAUUCUCCCGAUUGGCAGAUAUCAUUGAGAUCAGCAAGAAAGAAAUGGACGACUUGGGCCUGUUCGCCAGUGUUCUAGGCCAUAUUGGAGAUGGGAAUUUCCACGAGAGCAUCCUAUACGACAAGACUGUGCCAGGAGAAAGAGAGAAGGUAGAACAGUGCGUGAAAAAUAUGGUUGCCAGAGCACUGGAAAUGGAGGGGACUUGCACGGGCGAACACGGUAUUGGCAUAGGCAAAAAAGAAGCUUUGCUGAUGGAGGUUGGAAUUGAUACACUAGGUGUGAUGAAGAGCAUCAAACAGGCCCUCGAUCCACACUGGAUCAUGAAUCCUGGCAAGAUCAUGGAUGUACCGAUCUAG